GACCCGCAGACCAACGGUGCGGCCCCAGGGUUCGUCCCCUGACACUCGCUCAUUUGGUGGCGGCUGGGGCUCAGUGCCGCGAAGCCCGAUGUGGUCCGGAGUCAGUGGGAAGGCGCGGGGCUGGGAGGCCGCGGCGGGAGGGAGGAGCAGCCCCGGCAGGCUCAGCCGCCGCCGAAUCAUGUCGAUGAGUCCAAAGCACACGACUCCGUUCUCAGUGUCUGACAUCUUGAGUCCCCUGGAGGAAAGCUACAAGAAAGUGGGCAUGGAGGGCGGCGGCCUCGGGGCUCCGCUGGCGGCGUACAGGCAGGGCCAGGCGGCGCCGCCAGCCGCGGCCAUGCAGCAGCACGCCGUGGGGCACCACGGCGCCGUCACCGCCGCCUACCACAUGACGGCGGCGGGGGUGCCCCAGCUCUCGCACUCCGCUGUGGGGGGCUACUGCAACGGCAACCUGGGCAACAUGAGCGAGCUGCCGCCGUACCAGGACACCAUGCGGAACAGCGCCUCGGGCCCCGGAUGGUACGGCGCCAACCCAGACCCGAGAUUCCCGGCCAUCUCCCGCUUCAUGGGCCCAGCGAGCGGCAUGAACAUGAGCGGCAUGGGCGGCCUGGGCUCGCUGGGGGACGUGAGCAAGAACAUGGCCCCGUUGCCGAGCGCGCCGCGCCGGAAGCGCCGGGUGCUCUUCUCCCAGGCGCAGGUGUAUGAGCUGGAGCGACGCUUCAAGCAACAGAAGUACCUGUCGGCACCCGAGCGCGAGCACCUGGCCAGCAUGAUCCACCUGACACCCACACAAGUCAAGAUCUGGUUCCAGAACCACCGCUACAAGAUGAAGCGCCAGGCCAAGGACAAGGCAGCCCAGCAGCAACUACAGCAGGACAGCGGGGGCGGCGGGGGCGGCGGGGGCACCGGGUGUCCGCAGCAGCAACAAGCGCAGCAGCAGUCGCCGCGCCGCGUGGCGGUGCCGGUCCUGGUGAAAGACGGCAAACCUUGCCAGGCGGGCGCUCCGGCGCCAGGUGCAGCGGGUCUGCAGGGCCACGCGCAGCAGCAGGCGCAACAGCAGGCGCAGGCCGCGCAGGCGGCGGCGGCGGCUAUCUCGGUGGGCAGCGGCGGCCCAGGCCUGGGCGCACACCCGGGCCACCAGCCAGGCAGCGCCGGCCAGUCUCCGGAUCUGGCGCAUCACGCCUCCAGCCCCGCGGCUCUGCAGGGCCAGGUAUCCAGCUUGUCCCACCUGAACUCCUCGGGCUCGGACUACGGCACCAUGUCCUGCUCCACCUUGCUAUAUGGUCGGACCUGGUGAGAGGACGCAGGGCCAGCCUUAGCCCAGUGUGUUGCCUCAUCGCUCCCGCCCGCCUCACGGACCACCGUCCUCCCGCUGCUCCUCGCUCUUCGACUUUUCAUAAGAACUUGUCCCAUUUAGACCAAGGAAAAAUACACAAAAGCCAAACUGCUGGACGUCUUUCCCCCCCCCCUCUUUCUUUCUAAAUUUUGUUUGUUUAAAAAAAAAGGGGGAAGGAAGAAAAUAAAAGCAACUACGAAGCGAAUCCAAUUCUUUAAGGAGUCUUUAAACAGAAAGACACACAACAGCUUUGAGGGUGUCUGUUAGGUGAUUCAGAUGGGUUUUCCCACGCUUGGGCGGGGCACAGUUUGGAGAGGACUCUACGCUGACAUGGCUCUGGACCCUUCACUCUGGGUACACUCUGCCAGCAAAGUGGACUCGCUUGUAAAUACGAGGAUUUCUUUCGCAGGGCAGCCCAGGCUGGGGAGAGGAAAGACUCUUCGGCGAACCCACUUGUCACUGACACAAAGGAAGCGCCCCUCCCCGGCGUCCACUGGCCCGCCCAGGCUCGGCUGGGAAACCGUGGCCCCGUGGAGAAUUGUUUUAUGUUUGAUGUGAACUUGUAGCUGUAAAAGGCUGUCAAAAGUUGGACUAAAAGCCUAGUUUCUAGUAAUCUGUAUAUUUUGUUGUAAAAAGAAACCCAGUCCCCAGCCCCAGCCCCUCACAUUUUUUUUAUGGGCAUUGACAAAUCUGUGUAUAUUAUUUGGCAGUUUGGUAUUUGCAGUGUCAGUCUUUUUCUGUUGUAACUUAUGUAGAUAUUUGGCUUAAAUAUAGUUCUUAAGAAGCUUCUAAUAAAUUAUACAAAUUAAAAACAUUCUUUUU